AUGACCGACCUCGAAAGCCCUUUACGGGAAUCCUUCUCUCCAGGACCCGCCCCGAUUCCAGCUCGCCGCGCGGCUAAGCCAAAGCCAAAGCGCGCCCCAACUCGAGUCUCGAUUGUCGAGCCCGAUCCCACGACUAGCCCACGCUCGAGUGUUCCCGUCACCUCGCCGAGUUACAACGUGAAGUGGGACACAUGGAAGUGCCUCAUUCUCACCAUCGAUGGCGGCGGCGUCCGCGGCUACUCGUCGCUCAUCAUCCUGCGCGCCCUAAUGCGCGAGAUUGAGCGCAUCGAGAAGUCGCUCGAGCCCCGUGCUUCCGCCAGCACCCAAACCGACAGGAUACCCAACGAUCAGAUUCCCGAAGAUGUCUUGAAGGAUGGCCAGUACCUGCCUUGCCACUACUUCGACUACAUCGCCGGCACUAGCGUCGGUGGCCUUGUGGCCAUCAUGCUCGGCAUGUUUGGCAAGAGCGUCGACGAUUGUAUCAGGGAGUUCCACCAACAAAACAAGGCCAUCCCACUCACCGACGACGCCUCAGUCGAGUUUCCGCUCCUCUACCGCCGCAACACCUGGCCGACAAAACGCACUAGGUCCUUUUUCGACACCUUCGCCAACUUCGCGGUAACGGCCACCGCGCGCACCUUGACGGGCACUUCGGCAACACCUUCACUUUCCCAAACAUCAACACAGUCUUCAUCGGCCUCGACCGUAUUUCGCAAGGAUGUAUAUCAAUGCCAGACUUUGGCGUGGUGUACCGAGGUCGAUGCCCGUCGAUCACGUCGACCCUACGCUUUCUGCACCUUCGCCGAGGAAGAAACGGAUACCGAAUCACCUAUUUCGAUCCCCGAGGUCGCCAAAGCCAUCACAACACCCUCACGCUACUCGUUCAAGCCCUUCAAACUGGGCUCAGGCCACUUCGUCGACGGCACUAAGUUGGUCCGAAACCCAACCUUGGAAGUCAUCAAGGAAAUCACUGCCCUCUUCGAUGAACCCGAGCCGCCAAUCCAUCUUCUCCUCAGUCUCGGUACUGACGAGCACCAUGCUUGGUUCUACGAAAAGCUGCGCUCCUUGUCCUUCUCCUCCACAACCAGCACCUCCGGGGCGGAUAAGUCCGCCAUCCACAACGAAAAAGACGUUGCCUACACCCACUACCACCGGUUCGAAGUCCCCGGCGUCAAGCUCGGCUGGCGAAAGAAGUUCUUCCUCCGCGAGAUCGAGGACGCCACGGAGGCCUGGUUGGCCGGCGAGACCCAGAAAAAGGAAAUCGCACAGUACGCUCGCAUGCUUGUUGAGCGGCGCCGCGCGCGGGCCGCAACGGUGCGGUGGGAGACGUUUGCGCUUGGCGUGCGGUACGUCUGUUUCCAUGAGGCGUGUGUCAAGAAGAGACAGGAGGCCACGCAACCGCUUGAGAAUCAGAUCUUUACGGGCCGCGGGAAUUUCUUUGACCACCUGGACCGCAGGCAUGAUUUGAUGCGGAUGUCGGGCAAGGGGUUGGUGGAUGUGGAGGCGGAGUUGGAUAAGGGGAGACGGUUUGGGUGUUCCUAA